AUGAGUACCCCCAAAGAAAAUGAGCUCUUACGUGUUGCGGAGGACAUCCUCAAACAUGCCAAAGAUCUCGUCGAAUACCUGUCUGCGCAAUCUAUCACUCCCCCAAGUCUCGAUGUUGGUGCACGCACCGAGCUCUGGAAUGGGCAUACAGGCGAGAUUGAGCAGCACCGAACAGCCAUUAGCGGCCUGACGCAGUACCUGGACAAGCUGGUACAGGGGCCCCAUGGCUUUCUGCAUGAGUAUGUGUCGACGAAUUGGGAACAUGGCGCGUUGUACACCCUACUUGAGUAUAAUGUGUUGGAGGCAAUCCCUCUUCACGGGAUGGUUACCAUUGGCCAACUUGCGGAGAAGGCAGCUUUGCCUGCCGAGAAAUUACUGCGCAUCUGUCGACUGGCCGCAUGUGUUGGCAUCCUGAAGGAGACGGAUGACGGUGUCUUCGCCCAUACGGUAGUUUCGGAAGAGAUGGUGCGAGAUGUGGGCUAUAAGUCUUUUAUUGCGUUUCAGCUGUAUGAAACGAGAGUUGCCAGUGCUCACUUGGCUGAUUCUUUUCGGAAGCCAAACUCCUUCUGGACAGGACAGUCCGCCUUUGACUAUGCUUGGGGGUCUUCAAUGUACGAGUGGCAUGCUAAACAUCCUAGAAUUGGUAAUCGCUUUGCCAGAGCUAUGGAGAGUGUCUCAAAGACUCUCGAUCCAGGCAAUGACAUGAUAAUCGACUGGUUCCGCCGUCGACCCAUGAUUUGUGAAGACGAAAAGUGUCUGGUUGUGGACGUCGCUGGAAAAGCUGGCUCCUUUGCAGUGGAUCUCGCCAAUACUUUUCCAAAGCUUCACAUCCAAGUACAGGAUUCCACAGUUGCUGCUCUGAAUAAAGGAAAGGAAAGCCUCCAACCAGAGCUUUCCGAGAGAGUGACAUUCCAGGAACGGGAACUGUUCUUGACACGCUCUCUCUCGGAGCAUACCAAAAUGGAUCAAGACGGUAUUAUACCUCUUGUCUUCCUCAUGCGCAGCGUGAUGUGGUGUCACGACGAUGACAAGUGCAUCAAACUGAUAAGGAGCUUUGUUCCUGUGCUCCAACACCCAAGUCAACCGACGCUUCUCAUCAGUGAUUUAGUGUCGCCAGCUCGGGGCACAUUUGAGCCACAUGUGGAGAGGGCAUUCCGCAGACGGGAUGUGACGCUCAUGACGAUGCACAAUGCCAAGCAGCGAACAUCAAGGGAAUGGUUAACACUGUUACAGGAAGCGAGUCCACAUUUCAAGGUUGAGUAUUUCGAGGAGUACACUUCACAUAGCUGCCGUGGAUUGUGGCAGAUUCAACUUGAGAGUGAAUUCUGA